AUGAAGGAACUACUGGUCUCUUUGCUUCUUGUGGCCUGUCUCUGGGGAACUGCUGCUGUCAAUCAGAUGCAAGCCAAUGAAAAUAAAGAAAAUAAAGUAAAGAAAACCAAGACCAGUGCCAUUAAGGAGGAGAAAGGUGUUUUAGUCCUAAAGAAAAGCAACUUUGACCAGGCACUUAGACAGCACAAGCAGCUUCUCGUCAUUUUCCAUGCUCCUUUCUCUGGAGAGUCCCAGAGUCUGUCAACAGAGUUCACCAAGGCAGCAGAGCAGCUGAAAGCAGAGUCCUUUAAGGUACACCUGGGAGUGAUUGAUGUGUCCAAUGAGAAGGAUUUAGCUAAAGAGCUAAAUGUUACAGGGUUUCCCUCCCUGAGGCUUUUCAUUUCUGGAGACAAACAGAACCCGGUUAUCUGCCCAGAUAUGAAAACGGCCUCUUCUAUUAUCACCUGGCUAAAGCGGAGAAGUGGCCGCAGCGCGAAGCUGAUCAAAGAUCUCCCCGAAGCAGAAAUCUUUAUCGCUGUUGAAGAUGUGGUGAUUCUGGGCUUUUAUAAGGAUCUUGAAAAAGGUGCUGUGGAAGCCUUUUAUGCAGCAGCAGCAGAUAUGCCUGAUCUACCAUUUGGAGUGACUAAAAAUAAGCAAGUGUUUUCAAAGUAUGAAAUUACAAAGGAUACGGUGGUGUUGUUUAAAGCGUCUAAAAAGUCAGAUGUAUAUGAGGUAUCCAGUGAAGUGUCAGAGCAGGACGUGAUUCACUUCAUCAGAGUGCAUGAAAUGGAUCUGGUGACAGAAUAUAAUGCGAUGACAUCUGCAAAAAUAUUGAACUCUGUGAUCACCAACCAUCUCAUACUGUUUGAUAAUAAAAGUGAUGAAAACUUUGGAAAAAACUAUGAAGCUUUUCAAAAUGUUGCAACUGCAUUCAUAGGCAAGGUUUUAUUUGUCCUCAUUGACACAGAUGAGCCCAGAAAUGGUCGGAUUCUAGAGUAUUUCCGAGUUCGUGCAGUGGAAACCCCAUCAGUGCGAAUGGUAAACUUGACUGAUAACAUGCAGUACCAAAUGCCAUCAGAGGUUACAUCAGAUGAAGUGAAAGCCUUCUGCCAGAAAUAUCUCGACGGAAAAGCAAAGCUCAAGUUGCAAAGUGAACCAAUUCCUAAAGAUUGGGAUAAGGGCCCAGUGAAGGAGCUUGUGGGGUCUAACUUUGAAAAAGUGGGCUUCAACGAGGAUAGGAAUGUAUUCAUCAUGUUUUAUGCUCCCUGGAGCAAGGAAUGCAAAGCAUUAUUUCAGCUAUGGGAGAAGCUUGGGAAGGUGUAUGAGAAACAUGAGACUGUGGUGAUUGCCAGAAUAGAUGCAACAGCAAACGACAUAAACAUUCUCCUCCAGCAACGCUAUCCCGCGCUCAUGUUCUUCCCAGCUGUGUUUGCAGAGAAGGCUAUUCCUUAUGUAGGAGACAGAACAUUAGAAGCAAUGGUGGAGUUUAUAGAGAAUCAGGUUGAGUUAGCCAAAGGAGAAAAGGCUAAGGAGGAAGAAGAGAGGAAAAAAUAUAUUGAGACUCAAAAAUUAAUGGACAAGGAAAAAGAUGAACUGUAAUUUUCAAUUGCUGAAGCUAGGACCUGUCAUAUUGUGACGUCAAACUGCAGGCCUGCUUUUCAAAUGCAAUUUUGGCCUCAGUGAUGGAAUGUAGUUCUUUAAGGUGUGCUGCAACCUUUCUGCUAGAAAUGGUCCAGCUAAAAUGCAUUGAAUCCUAUCUUGGUACACACCUCCCAAAAACAAUAUCAUCAUUGCAUUUCUGUCUGUUUAUAACUUAUCACUUAACACCUGUUCAGCUAUCUCCCACAAUAGUGUGGGCAGAGGACAUCAACCUCUCUUUUUUGCUAUUUUUAAUUGUUUUUCUUAAAGAGCCAUUGGAUUUGAACACAAAUCAUAAACAUCAAAGUUAACUUACAGGUCAGCCUAACACCCUACCAUACAAUAUCUUCAAAAUUCUAAUUUAGCACCAAAGCCUGAAUCAG